AUGGCGUCUCCUUUGGGUCUUUCGAGGCCAGUGGACCGGCAUAUAGAGGACAAAAUACUCCGGGGUGAGUACGUUGAUAUUGCCUUACUCUUACCUGACAACUUGUACCAGUCCCAGACCCCUGAAAUCCAGCUCCGCUUAGACGAUUCGUCUUCAAGUCCCAUGGGUUCCUUGGUCACCGUGGUUAGGAAAAGAAAACCCGUUAUAGACUCAUUUCAGAAGUGGCUGGAGGCCUACAUGGUGUACAUAUUGAUAAUUUUCGAAAGCUGUCGUUUCUCACGGGCGCCUUUAGUUAACGUUGUACCUGUUGUCGCUCCCAGGUUUCACCCUACGCCUGUUUUCGUCGGGAAAAUCAUGUUUUUUGGGACACUUGUAUUCAUGUUAUUCUUAGCGGCGAAGAUAAAGGCAGAAGAAAAAGGAGUUUACUUUAAAAUCGAAGAAAAAGCUCUUUUAUUUGGUGGAAACACUAUUUCGAAUGAAAAGGCUGAUUCUUUGCUGUCCUGUUCACAAAUCUGCGCCAGGCGAGCUGCUUGUAAAAGUGCAAAUUUCAUAGCAAGUCAAAGAACUUGCUCCCUUCACAGUGAGGAACAAACAAAUCAACCCAAAAACCUUUUAAAGGGAGAUGGUUCUUUCUAUUUGGAAAAGGUGGAUUUUCCGGGAAUUCUGGGUACAACUCAAUCUUCAGCAGUCCUCUCGUGCCAGACCCUCCGUAGCCGAUCUCCUUCUUCUCCCUCAGGUGUUUAUUGGAUUGAUCCAGACGGUGAGUCCCAGGAAAACGCGUUCAAGGCUUACUGUGACAUGAAAACCGAUGGAGGAGGAUGGACACUAGUUUGGAGCUAUACAUUCCUAAAUUACAACAAUUUCGCGAGUCACUCGAACGCAAUCACGCCAAGACCCAAUUGGCAAGUAGACCCGAACGUGGAUGUUGCCAUCUCGACAACUCCUCCAUUGAACGAAACAGACUACAACGCCAUAAACUUCUCGCUGUGGAAACAACUUGGCAGACAGGUCCUCAUCAAGAGCAACAUAAACAACUGGUUGAUAUGCCAUCCCGGAAGUGGAAGUUUGGUUGAUUGGCAAGGAGGAAGCGUCAGUUGUCAGAUUGUAAAACACGUGACAGCCACGUGUAAAGAUAAAUUGGCACCUGGCAAAUUUUCGCCGAGUCAGGGUUAUGGACCGAUGUUCUACACCAGCACUUUUUUUGGUGGCACCUAUUACUACUUCGAUGGUUACACAGUGCAAAACUGGCCUACCCAUGAUCCUUGCGGCACAAAUCAACCCAACCAAGAAAAUCAUGUGGUUAACCCACAUGGAAACAUCUUCAUUCGAAACGCAGUUAAUUAAAAAGCAUUAACAAUAAGAAUGACGCAAGUUUGCAUCUAUGUAAAUAAGCAAAGUAAGCAAAUAAUCCGGUAAAAUAUUUUAGACUGCAUUGAGAGAACUUAUCAAAACUUAAAGGUCAUAGAUCAGCCUACUUUCGAUUCUGCAGCUAUUUAAUUUAGCAAUUUUAUGUUUUUACUUACUUAUCAUUAACAAUUUAAUUACAUGGAAAAAAUUACUGCUGACGAGUGUCGUUAUUCGUUUAACUGGUAAGCAAAGUUGUUUGAAGACAUUAUAACUGAACUGAGGUUUGAAAACAAGAGCAGGGGCUUUCUUGUAAAGAAAAGAUUAAAUCUAUUUGAAUUCCUUUAUGAGAGCAAUGUCAUUUUCUUACAGUGUUCAAUGAUUUGAGGCUUUAUCAAACAUACUUUAUAACAAUGUAUUCGGGGGUAUCCGCUUUCCUCACAAAUCUGAGUGGGUCUUAUGUGACGUUUUAAACUAAAGUUCUUUUGCGAACGUUCCGACUCAACCUCUUGACAAAAACAA